CAUCUGAUAGACCAUCGAGGUCGGCGAGCAGUUCGUCGGCGAGACCACUCAUGGUUGUUUGCAAAGUUGCCGAGCUGGGAAUUGCCGUGCUGAUCGAUCAGUGCAUGUAAACAGAAAUCUGAACUACUCAACCUCUUCCACCAGGCUUAGCCUGGGGCACACAGCCUGUACAUUCUCUGUCGGUUGCUGUGUGCACGGGCACUCGAGAACAUUUUUGUCCUUCGUGGAGCUCUGUCACUUCUAUGCAGAUGCACCCGACGGCAAAGAUGGUGGAUAGCAGCGACCUACCCGUGGAAGUUUGCGAAAUCAUCUUUCGCCAUCUUCCGUUAGAUGGACUCAGAAAUGCAGCAUUAGCAUCACGCUCGUUCAGAUGGAUGGCCCAGCCCUAUCUCUUCCAAUCAUUUACCCUCAUCGCCAAUAAUGACCGAGAUGCCAUGCUUCAUUUUCUCAAGACAGGCCAACGUAUUGGUCUGGUCGACACGAUUCAGCGUUACGAUUUCUACACUUCGCCGCGCAUCGCAUCAUUUGUUCAGACAUGCAAAAUCGAGUUUGUGACUUGGCCAGAUCAUGAUUUUGAGCCCGUGUUUGACAGCCUCUGCGCCCAUCUUACGGAUUUCUCCGAGCUCGAGGAACUGUCUCUCGCAAAUGUUGUUAUCACCCCUCAACAUGCCCGCGACAUCGCGCAGUGCCGUCGUCUGAAGUGUCUGUCUCUUACAGCUUGCGUGACUGUCAAACUUGCAACCAGUGAUCUGCAGCGCAAGUGGUCCACACAGAGCUUACACGUCCGUUGUGUCGAGGAUCCCCGUUUGCGCCCCCCACAACACUGGCUAUCUAUAAUAAAUAUCAACACUCUAUCUACCCUCCAUCUAGACUCCAAAUGGUCUUCCCUUGACGCUUUAGAGGAGAUCACCAAGAUUCAGGAAUUAACGGCGUUGAAGUCCAUCACCCUCCAAGGCGAUGAGCAGGUGGUCAAAUCCGAGCUUCUCCCCCUUGCACUCUCAAAGUGUCCAAGUUUGAUGGAGUUGCGCAUUCUGCCCUCUUCUCGAGGACCUCAUGCGCUCACCAUUCUUCCUCCACCAGAAUCCGUUCCCCUUUUAGCGUACGACGGGCCGCACUACCUGCUUAAGCCCAUCUUGAAGGAACAGCGACAACUGCGGCACAUUAGGGUAAUGGGUGAUAGAUGGGGUGGAACAUGCGAUAUGUUCGACCUGCAGCAAGAUCUGCCUAUGCUGCAAACCUGCGCUCCGGAUCUCCAGUCGAUGCAGCUUCGCGCCUUCCCUACCAAGGCAUUGUGUGGAUCCAUUGCAUCAUUGUUUCCCCGGCUUCGCUCCCUAUCUUUCAUACUUCCCCUGCAAACCCAGGCUCAGGAGCCAAUGUAUGCAUUGACUAAAGAACCGUUUUGUCGUGCGCUCCUGAACAUGCUCCUGUCUCCAGGCCUUCAGCAUCUCGUCAUCAUUUCUAUGAUAGGGUCUGAUUCUAUUGAAGGCCGCGAAGUCAUAGACACGCUGACGGAAAAAUAUCCCGCGUUACGGAAUGUGUACUUGCACUUCCCGGACGACUAUUGGAUGACUUGGGUGGAAUCUCCCCGCCUGAAUGGACAGGGAACACACAGAGGUUUUCUUUCUUCAGGCUAUCUCAACGUUCGUUAUGACUGGUUCUGAUCCCUUGGAUUUAUGAGUUUAGGGGUGGGGGGGAGGGGGCUC